AUGCCAUCUUGAGCCCAACGAUAGCUUCUUCUGCCGCCGUUCCGGUAAUUUAUCCACAGACCGGUUGUGAUCUCUCCUCCACCAUCGUAUCACACGUUCUGUCGUAGCAUCGAUUCAUUCUUCAACCGCGGAGCUGCCGCAACUAUUCCUUUUUCAACCGCAUUGAUUCCUUCUUCAACCGCCGGCGGAGAUUGGGGUUACUUCGGAACUCCCCGGAGGGUUCCAACCCCUGUUCUAGCCGCUUCCUCGUCUCCACGCCAGUCAAGGUCGGCCGUUAUGAAGAACCGAUUUCUGUAUCGACGGAUGGGGUUACUGUGAUCGUUGAGUUCCUUCUUCAAUUCCAGCUUCAGGUUCAGAAGCCGCCAAGACUCCUGUCCUUUCUACCUAGGUGUUCCUUCUCCAAUUCCAGGUCAACAAAGAUCCUCUUUGUGAAGCUCAACGACUGCGUCAAGACUGGCCACGUCAAGAAGGGAUCUGUUACUCAGUUGAUUGAUUACACGCGGGAAUCGCAGAUGAGUUUCUCAUCCAUUGGAAGUUAACUGUUCAUUUUCCUGGUUGUUGCUCGUUCGAUAUCCUUUUUGCUAGCUUUUCUUGAUUGUGAAAGAAAUUUGUUCGGAGUGUUGAACUAUCUGAUUUGUUUUGGUUUGCAUCUUAGCUUUGCGGAAGCAAUUAUGGAUGACAACUGUUUGUAAAUCAUUCAAUUAUUAUGAGGUUGUUCAAAUGGAUUUCUCUGUAGGUUUGAUGCUGAGGCUGAGUUUGUUUUAGGGCGAUGACAAGUUAAGACCAACUUAUUUUUUUGGUCUUCAGUUGUCAUUUUCCAUCCCCCCAUCUUCCAUUGACUAGUUAUUAAUGUCUUCGACAGGCACGUUGUCAACAGGUUUCAAGAAGAACAAACUUCCCAAGAAGCAGCAGCUGUAGAGGAAGGAGAAGGAGGGUGACCGAUUCAGAACUUCAGGAGAACCAGCUUGGUAUCGACAAGAGAGUAUUACAGUAAGGAUGGUAAAGAUUAAAGAACUUCCAACUUCAAAAGGUAUGCACAUCACUCACAUUAGCAGGGUCUUUCUUUUUUCCUUGGGUUGGUUAAGGAGCGCUUUAGCUUUGAUAUUUUAUGGUUAAUGACAGAGGUCUACUUAUGUACUAUUGAAGACCCACAAAGAGGAAAAGAAAGAACCAAAAAGACGGGCGGAGCCAGUGCAGUGGCCGGGGGGCCAUGGCCCCCCCGAGAAUUUCAGGGAUACGAAUAAUAUAAUGUAGUGGUAUGAGAAAGACACAAAUCUUGUUAUAGUCUAGUGGUGGAAGCUGUCAUCUGCAUUCAGGGAGUCAGCAGUUCAAGUUCUAUGGCCGACUAUGUUUUAAUAAUUGAUGUUUUCUACCUUUUGUACACAUUUCACUACAUAUAAUUUCAGUUUUCCACUUUAGUUCCA